CUCAGACUCUCUGCCUAAUUGACAAUCACCGGCCACAGCAGCCAAAGCUUCUGCGAAUUGGAGUCUCUCCUCUUCUUGUCUCUCUCUCGCAAUCAGUAAUCGUCCUUACUCAAGUCUCAUUAAUCCCAACGAUUAUCAGUCUCGAACCUCGCGCUUCCAACUGUUGGUUGUCGGAGACAUUUAUCAAAGCACGAGAAGUUGAGGAAGACUCCAAACGUUUUCGAAUGAGUGCAGGAGGUGCAUUUGGUGGGAAUAGAGGAUCGAGACCAGUACCACCAGAAAAAGGAGUCUUCCCUUUGGAUCACCUGCAUGAAUGUGACCCGGAGAAGAAAGAUUACCUGAGUUGUCUCAAAUCUUCUGGCCACAAAUCUGAAAAAUGCCGACCCUUAUCCAAAAAGUACCUAGAAUGCCGUAUGGCAAAGAACUUAAUGGCAAAGCAAGAUAUGGGAGAACUUGGGUUUGGAAGGCAAACAGAGAUGGAAGCCUCUGGAGAGAAGAAUAAUGGGAGGACUGAUACCUGAAGUUGAUCAACACCAAGUUAUGUAGUUAAAAUGUUGAAGUUGCUUUCUGGAAUUGACUGCUGAAAUCGUUUUAGGUUGGAAGAGCCUUCGGGCAGGUUUACUUUUUUGCCAUUUAGCUGAUGUACCUCCCAUUUUUGAAAAUAUUUGUUAUAGAUUGAGGCAAUAGAGCACAUAUGAUUCAGUAGAGUUUUAUUUGGACAUUUAGCAAAGUAGGGAAACAAUGUGGCCUUGAAAUUUUCGGUGUUUGUAGUCACAGGAUUCAUGGCGUCACAAUUUCUUCUU